AUGGACCAGCCAACCAGCGCCAACCAAACAGGCAGCAAAACUGAAACCAAAGUCAAUAUAUUUAAAGCUCUGUGGAUGAGACCCAACAAACUCACUUCCACAGACAUCGUUCCACUUUUCAGCGAGUGCGUCCACAAGGCCGCAAACAGGACUCGAGAAUACCUGCUCUUCAUCGACCCUGAAAACAUAUUCCAGCCCAGUCAAGCCACCCUGAGCCAGGUCUUCCUCAUGACUUACAUCCAACGCAGCAGCCAGCUCGGUUUACCAGAGGUGUUCAACUGUACCACCAUGACUCCAGAGCAGAGGAUCCUGCUUGGGGCAGACUGGGUUUGGGCAGUCCUGGAUCUUCCCAGUAAGAACCCAAGAAUUCAAGUUGCUGUUCACGUCCUUCACCCAGCUGAGGGAGGAGAAGAAGAGAGAUCCUGGGAUCUGUCCUCAGAGGCUCUCACAGAGACGAUGAGAAUGGCUGGAGAAGAAGUGGCUGACAGGACCAAAGCUGAGAGACUGGUUGAGUUCUGCGCUUCUGUGGGAAGGGAUUGCUACGCGCUGUUUCUUUUUUUAGGCCGCAAAACCGACCCGGCAAACAUAUACGGGGUGCUAAGCAACAACCUUGAUGCCGUAAUCGGGAAAUACGUCCAAAUCAAUGAAGGGUUCAUAGAGAAUUUCUUCAAAGGAGCAAGAUGCUUCAUCACUCCGAGCGGAAUGUUGCAAAGUAUUAUCAAUAAAACCAACAACAACCCGCUGACAAUGCUCAUUAAAUUUACGUAA